GCUGUGAAAUAUCGCGAGAAUAUAACGCGUCUAUGUGAGCGUGUGAGGCGGAUAUCCGGCCUCUUUCCAGUGGCGGACCUGAGCCGCGUCAGUCUCACAAAAUGAAGCUCAACAUCUCUUUCCCGGCCACCGGCUGCCAGAAGCUGAUCGAAGUGGACGACGAGCGCAAGCUGCGCACGUUCUACGAGAAGCGCAUGGCCACCGAGGUGGCGGCCGACCCCCUCGGCGAGGAGUGGAAGGGCUACAUGGUGCGCAUCAGCGGGGGGAACGACAGGCAGGGCUUCCCCAUGAAGCAGGGCGUGCUGACGCACGGGCGCGUGCGCCUCCUGCUCAGCAAGGGCCACUCCUGCUACCGGCCCCGCAGGACCGGCGAGCGCAAGCGCAAGUCCGUGCGCGGCUGCAUCGUCGACGCCAACCUCAGCGUGCUCAACCUGGUCAUCAUCAAGAAAGGUGAGAAGGACAUCCCAGGGCUGACCGACAGCACCGUCCCUCGCCGGCUGGGUCCCAAGAGGGCCAGCAAGAUCCGCAAGCUCUUCAACCUGUCCAAGGAGGACGACGUCCGCCAGUACGUGGUGAGGAGGCCCCUGACCAAGGAAGGUAAGAAGCCGCGCUCCAAGGCCCCUAGGAUCCAGCGGCUGGUGACGCCGCGCGUCCUGCAGCACAAGCGCCGCCGCAUCGCGCUGAAGAAGCAGCGCACGCAGAAGAACAAGGAGGAGGCGUCCGAGUACGCCAAGCUGCUGGCCAAGAGGAUGAAGGAGGCCAAGGAGAAGCGGCAGGAACAGAUCGCCAAGAGACGCCGCCUGUCCUCCCUGCGGGCCUCCACGUCCAAGUCCGAGUCCAGCCAGAAGUAGACGCUCCCGUGUAAAGAGAACCAUUAAAGGAAAAGGUUUUGCUCUAGA